AUGUGUGCAUCAGAGAGUGUUCUUGAGAAUAAGAGGUGCUUACUUUCCGAAAAACAGUUAGAAUCGGUAUACUAUUUGAGCUCCGAUAAUUUUAGAGCACUACCUCAGAAGCCCAGAGACCGAUUUGACUCUGAACAGGUGAAUCAAGAGGGGCAAGAAAUAGUUGAACUAGAGCUGGCGUCGCAGUUUUACGCUUGGCUUGGUUCUCCUACAGAGUCGGGAUCUGUUGAUGGGAGUCAGGUCGAAGAGGAACUCUUAUCUCGUUUCUCACGACAGGAAUCCUUUUGUGAAUCUAUUAUAAGCAAAACUGACGAGAUACUAUCAACACUAUCUCAACUUAAGGAAAAGUAUCAUUCGGUUUCUGAGAAAACAAACAACCUUCAUGAAACUUGUGAGAAGCUUCUCAAAGAACAAACAGAUCUUGCAAAGAGGGCUGAUCAGAUUGAGGAGAUACUUCAAUUCUUCACCGUUCUCUCUUCUAUAGAAUCUAAGUUGAGCAAUCGUAAUUUAAUUUUAUCACCUGAGCGGGUGGAUUCAGUUCUGCACUCGAUUGAUCUGAGCAUUACCUUCCUCGAAGAACAUCCUAAUUUCAAGGAUUCUGAGGCAUAUCUUCUGCGUUUUAAUGGUUGUUUAAAUGCUGCCCUUCUUAUGGUGAGAGAUGGAAUUAAGAAUUCUAUCAGACAAGUUGUUAUGGAGAUAGUUGAACUGGGUGAUGCCAUAUCAUCGGACAACUCUUUCAUUCUCCUCUAUGGUCGCUUUCGCUCCCAAGCUUCACGGAUUCGCUCCCUGAUGCAACUUAUGGAGUCACGGGCGGAUAAAUCACAAAGAUACCGCGAUGUUAUAGCAGAGUGCCAAGAAUACUACCUAACCAAACGUGAGGCCUUAGUAAUUCCCGUGGCACGGGCGAGUAUUGCCGAUUUGACAGGCAAAUACUCGGGCGAUCACUGCGAGCUCUUUCGCACUACCAUUUCUUUUAUGCUUCACAUGGUGGAAGAUGAGUCUCUGCUAUUUCGGCGAUAUUUUGAAUCACAAGAAACGACGGAAUCUGUCCAAGUUGGAAGAAAUCCACCCUCUUUCGAGUAUGGUGCUUCUCAAAUCUUCAUUAACCUCCUUCAUUUUCACAUUAUUUGCAUUGUAUCUAUGCUGACAAAUCUAUGCAAUUGUGUUUAUGAUGCUCUUCGGCCUUUCUUAAUUCAUGUCAACCACAUUGAAAUCUUGAUGGAACUUUGCGACCUCCUCGUUCAAGAGUUCAUUGAAGAUAAGUUACCUGCUAAUCCCAUUUGUGAAUCCAUUAGUUUCGCUUUCUUUGCUAAAGGUGUCGAUCUCACUGUAUUUGAGAACAUGUGCCGGACUUUGCUAGCCGAUGUACAACAGCGACUGAUUUACCGCGCUCAUGUCUACAUCAAAUCUCAAAUCCUUGACUACGAGCCUAGCGCAGGUGAUAUCGCAUACCCCGAGAAGCUUGAAAUGAUUGAGCAAAUAGCAUCAAGUCUUCAACAACAGCAGCAAGAGCAGAAGGACGGCGAUGGUCAAUCGAAUGGUAAACCAGAGAAAAAGAUUUCCUCAAGUUCUACAGACUUUCAUGGAAUGUGGUACCCUACAGUACGAAGGACUUUGGUUUGCAUCUCCGGUCUUAGUCGAUGUCUCGAUGUGGAAUCGUUUCAGGGGCUCGCUCAGAAUUGUCUUUCUGCAUGCAUCGAGUCACUAAUGGUAGCGCAGAAACGCGUUGAGGCACGAAGGUCGACGAGUGACGGGCAGCUUUUCUUCAUUAAGCAUCUCCUCAUCCUCCGAGAACAGUCGACCCCCUUCAAUGUGGACUUUCGGGUGAAGGAAACAAGUUUGGACUUCUCCAGUAUUAAAAGCGCGGCCUACCAAGCAAUCCCUAAGUUGGGCUCGAAGAUUUUCGACUUUAACCGCACAAACAAUUUGCUGCGUCUAUUGCUCCUUGAGGGACCUACAGUGGUGGACACAGAUGUCGACUCCCGACGUCAGCUGGAUCGAAACUUAAAAGUCACCUGUGAGGCAUUUAUAUCUACCUCCAUCACCGCACUCAUCGGCCAGAUCAGUCAUCUUCUCGACAAGGCAAAGGUGCAGACAUCUCAAUGCUCGGUACUUGGCCCGCCAAAUAAGUUGAGGGAUGAAGUGGCCGCGACUGUUCGUCUACUCUCAGUUGGCCAGUCGAAUUUGUCAUCUGAAACAAACACUCUUGCCGUUAUUCGACACAAAUUAAACCUCUACCUGGGUAACGCAAACACGGUGGCCAUCAUACUGAGACCAAUUGAGAACGGCGUGGUUAAAGUGUGGCGAAAGUUGGUAGACGCUAUUGCUAAGUAUUAUUCGGAGGAGGAGAGGAUGCUGAUUGCCUGUCCAACGGAAAAUCAGUAUGUCUCUCCUAGGUUGUUUCAUGGUUUCAGUUUGGAGUGGCUGUUGGAUAGACAGGAUGUAUUGAAAUACCGAGCACCUGAUCUAAAAAAAAUAGGUUCGGAAGAAGACUACCAGAAGAUCAUGUUGUUCUUUAUCGAUGGUAUUUCUGAUAGCACAACUUCUCUUAAAUCCAUUGACCCUUGGUUAAUGGCACCUUCGUGCCUCUUUUUGGCCUCUAAAGUGGAAGAGUAUGGGGUUAUUCAACCUAAGAGCCUCAUCGCUGCUUGCUGUAAAGUUGUAAAUAACCAGUAUUCAAAGUACUUCAAGGAAUACACUUAUCCCUACAGGACGCAUGAUGUAUUUGAAUGCGAGUUUAUUCUUAUGGAGGCUAUGGACUGCUCUCUCAUUGUGUUCCAUCCUUAUCGGCCGCUUCUUCAAUUCUUUGAUGAUUUAAGGCCUCAAUUACUCGACAUGGCUGAUGAACUCUUGUCACGAGCUUGGAGCAUUGCUAAUGACAGCCUUCGUACGGAUCUCUGUCUUCACUAUCCUCCUUAUCUAAUCGCGCUAGGCUGUGUUCAGAUGGCGCUUGUCAGUUUAGCAAGAAACCCACCCGCUAGUUCCGGAAACAUACAUGACCACCACUCCUUGUACUUUUCGACUCAAUCUAGUAUCAAUCCUCUUGCCAUUGCUGAACAGUGGUUCAGCGAGCUAAAUGUCGACGCUGAGAAGGUUCUUGAAGUAGUGCGACAUUUGUUAGCACUCUACGAUCUGUUGGACCAUAUAGACAUGGAAAAUGAGAUGCCUGUUCUUCUGAUGCAAAAGAUGCCUCGUCCGGUGGUUCAACAACCUCCCCAACAGCAAACUCAGGCCCAGGGUCAGCCCGGUGCCUCGAGGGUAAUUGAUGGCGGAAACAGUGGUGCUGCUGCCUCACAUCACAAAAGAAUGGGACAACCGAUAGGAACUCAUCAUAUGGCGCCACCCCAUCCUCCGCCCAAUGCUGCUGGUGGACCUCCCAUGUGA